GUAAAGCCAGUUAGUUGGCCUUCGAUUAAAUAUAUUAUAUUUUUCUUUAUUCCGAUUGUCAGAAUCUAAAUUUCAAAAUGUACGCAACAAAGGCACCCGCCAUUUCGCCCGCGGAGCUGAUUAGCAGUUUGACUCUAUCGGACGAUAAAGAGCUGGAUGACCAGAUCAAGAACUGGAUCAUGUGGGACAAGAAUGCGGCGACAUUGCAGCAAGUUGUCGAUGCUGUCAAAGAGCAGGAUUGGGAGGCAUUGCGCACUCGACUCUGUCGCUACAAUUACUUUGGCACCGCAGGUUUGAGAUCUGGCAUGCGAGCUGGCUUCGAUUCCAUCAACGAUCUGGUGACCAUACAAGUGGGCCAAGGCCUCAGCGAAUACCUUCAAGAGGUGUAUCCCAAUGUGGCCAAGCGAGAGGCACAAGGUGUCGUGAUUGGUCACGAUGGACGCUACAAUGGCAAACGUUUUUCCCAGCUGCUGGCCGCUGUCUUUCUCAAUAGCAACUUUCGGGUUUAUCUAUUUAAUCGCAUGACACCCUCUCCGAUGAUUUCCUUUGCUGUGACUCAUCUGCGUUGUCUAGCCGGAAUUGCGGUGACAGGAUCGCACAACCCGAAGAGUGAUAAUGGCUUUAAGAUCUACUGGAGCAACGGUGCUCCGAUUCUGACGCCUCACGACAAGAACAUUAUUGCGGCCAUGAUGAAGCGAUUGGAGCCGUUGCCCUCGUCCUGGGAUCUCUCGAUACUCGAUGAUCAUGCACUGCUCAUCGAUCCCUUUCGCGAAGUCUAUCCUGCCUACUACGAGGCCAUGAAGCAGCUAAUCCCGCCUGAGUAUGUGGAGACAAAUGAGUGCAGUCAACUGAGAUUCGUCUACACUGCGCUGCACGGGGUCGGAUUUCAAUAUGUGCGCGAGGCAUUCUAUCAGGCGCGUCUUAAGCCGCUGAUUCCGGUGAUGCAGCAAAAGGAUCCCGAUCCGGAUUUUCCAACCAUCAGCAGCCCAGAUCCCAUUGAUGGAAAAGAUUCCUUGGCGCUGGCCUUGAAGAAGGCGAAUGACGAGCAUUGCACCAUCAUACUGGCCAAUGAUCCGGAUGCAGAUCGUCUGGCAGUUGCCGAAUUGAAUCCUAAAGGUAGAUGGAAGCUCUUCAAUGGCAACGAGCUGGGCGCCUUGCUCGGUUGGUGGGCGCUUGAAAGCUACAAGAUGCGCACCAGCAAACCGAAUGUCUAUAACUGCGUCAUGGUGUCUACCACGAUCAGCUCGAAGAUUUUGGCUGCCAUGGCACGAGCCGAGGGUUUCACACAUGUGGAAACUUUGGUGGGCUUCAAAUGGAUGGCUAACAAGGCCAUCGAACUGCAGGGAUUGGGACGCACUGUGCUGUUUGCCUUUGAGCAGCCCAUUGGCUACAUGUUUUCCACCAUGGUGCCAGACAAGGAUGGCAUCAAUGCCGCCUGCCAGGUGGCAACCAUGGCCAGCCACUUGCGCACCACUCGUAGUGUGACGUUGAUCGAGAAACUGCGCGAGAUCUAUGACACUUAUGGCUUUCAUGCCACCAUCAGCAAUGGCCUCACCUACGACAGUCACACCAAGAUGACGAAUAUGUUUAAUAAGUUGCGCAGCUACGACGACAAUCUGCCCGGCACUUAUCCCAAGUGCAUACUGAACGGUGAGUUUGAGGUGAAGUAUGUGCGUGAUUUGACCACAGGCUUGGAUACUUCGCAAUCGGAUAAGAAGACACGCUUGCCACACACCCCCAACAAGCAGAGCAUCACUUUCACCUUCAACAACGGCAUGUGGAUCGCGUUUCGAGACAGCGGUAGCCAACCUAAGGUUAGAUAUUAUUCGGAGUUGUUUGGGCUGCCCGAGGAGAAGGAUUGGGACGAGAUCAGCGACACGCUGCGUCGCAUGACCGACGCUGUGAUCGCCGAGUUUAUACGACCAUCCGAUUAUGGCAUGUAUUAAGUGCUAGCUAUACAUACGUAUAACUAUCAUAAUGAAAUUAAGUAACUAUGCUUACAAUAUUAAGCAUACUUUGUGCAAAUGUUACACUAAAAUAAUCUGCAUGAGAUUUUAAAUUUAAGCAAUGUUAAUGGGUGUGCGAAAGAGCUGCGAGUACCAAUACAUCAGUGUAUCCGAUGUUAUCUAGUAGUAUGUAAAUUAUCAGUGAUCUUUUCUUUAGUAUUCUACAUUCUACGAUCCCUUUUAUAUUUAUUCUAAAAUUUGAGCUGUCUUGGAUCACUCUUUACAUUUAUUUCAGCUCAAGGAAUAUAUCUUUCUUUGAUUUAUUAGGAUUAUUUAUUAGCUGACAUUAUCUACAAUAUUUUUCUUGAGCAAUAGAAUAAAUUAU